GAAUUAUAGUUUGUAUUUGUAUUGAAUACUGUUCUAGGGUCUAGAAAAAAUCUACACUUACAGUUAUUUUAUUGGGUUGAAUCUUUACUUAGGUACUUAAAUUAAAAGUAAGCCGGUAAGGUACCCACUUAUUUGAAAUAUCUUUUAUUACUUUUUUGCGGUAUGUGUCAGUCAAAACCUUGACUCUAUUAACCUAGCCGACUGCAAACAUACUAAGUGUACCUACUUUUUCAAACGCGAACUCAAAAUGGCGUGCACAACAUUCAAGUCGUUCCUGACGUGUCUCCGCGUAUUCAUAGACAAGAUGAUAGACUUUUUCUUCGGCCUAUACUGGGACGGCAAGAAGCAGUCCAUUCCGGACCUGAGCAAAAAACACGCGUUCCUGGCUGAAAGCACUGUCACCCUGGCUCGGAAGAUUAAAGAAAAACAACUCAAGUCUGAAGAUUUAGUGAAGGCUGUUAUUGAGAGAAUAAAAGAGGUGAACCCUAUAAUAAACGCAAUAACAGAAGACCGCUUCGAGGCCGCGCUAGCAGAAGCCAGAGAAGUAGAUAACCUCAUAGCCGCUGGACUUUCUGCAGAGGAGGCGGCUAAAAAACCAUUCUUAGGAGUCCCGUUCACAGCAAAGGAGAGCCAGGCCAUGAAGGGCUUCCGGUACACCAUGGGACUUUGGUCACGGCGGGAGCUCCGAGCUGAUGAAGACAGCGAAGCCAUAAUUCUGCUGAAGGCCGCCGGGGCUAUUCCAGUAGCUCUUACUAACCUCCCGGAAUUACUUAUCUGGUCUGAAACCCGUAAUCCUGUGUACGGGAUGACGAACAACCCUCAUCACACUGGACGAACGCCAGGCGGUUCAAGCGGCGCUGAGGCAGCCCUCACUGCGAGUUACGCGACACCUAUCAGUUUGUGUUCUGACCUGGGAGGAUCCACCCGUAUGCCGGCUUUCUACUGCGGCUUAUUCGGACACCAUACUACUGCUGGAACUACGAACAUCAAAGGAGUGAUGUUCCAUAAAGGCGACGAGGAAUCCAUGUUCAGUCUGGGUUUCAUCACAAAGCAUGUCGAGGAUUUAGCUCCGUUGACCAAAGUCAUUGCAGGAGACAAGGCCCCUCUUCUCAAGUUAGAUCGCAAUAUUGAUAUCAAGGACAUAAAGUUCUACUACUUGGAAACGUCUAAUGACUGCCGAGUAAGCUCGAUAAGGCCAGAGCUCAAGGACGCUAUGACUAACGCAAUAUCAAAGAUCAGCAAGCAAGUGUCCCCAGAGAAUAGUCCACAGCCGUACCACCAUGAGGGCUUCGACCACAUGUACCAGCUGUGGUCUUACUGGAUGAGCAAGGAGCCUCAUAACUUCGCCAGUUUGUUCAACAAUAACAAGAGCGAAGCUAACGGCUUUGUGGAGUUCCUAAGAUGGAUGUUUUGCCUGAGCAAGCACGGAUUGUCGGCGGUCAUUCGGUUGCUGGAAACUCAAGUCAUGCCGCUGUAUCCUAACUGGGCCGAAAACCUUACCAAACAAUGGAAAGAAGAUCUUUUGGAAAAACUAGGCGACAACGGAGUGCUACUGAUGCCGAGCGCUCCGCACGCGGCCCCGCACCACUACUCGUGCUUCCUGCGGCCCUACAACUUCUCCUACUGGGCCUCCGUCAAUGUCCUCAAGUGUCCUGCCACUCAGGUGCCUCUGGGCGCGAACAGCCAGGGUCUCCCCAUCGGUAUCCAAGUGGUGGCCGCUCCGUACAACGACGCGCUCUGUCUCUCCGUCGCCAAGUUCUUGGAGAAGGAGUUCGGCGGGGCCGUCAUGCCGUGCAAAACUCAAUAAAAUAACAUUGUCCCACCAUUUCCUGUCUCUAUCGCACGCGCGUGAUUAUAUUGCUUUCUCAUCCAUGAUGCCGGCGGUAAUUGCCACUGUGCGAGCGGGACACCAAUAUAAUUAUGCACGGGCGAUAGAGCUUAGCGACCUUACUUUAGCUGGCUGUAUGUCUGUCUUAUCACAGUACCCAGUAUACCUUUUAUGUUUUAUGAAGGCCAGGAUUGUCAAAAUACAUGUAGGGCUUACCUCGGCGAAUCUAAAAGACGCUACUUUGCGGUGGGACUAGAUCGAAAUAAACGCUCGCAACGUGUAACUACCUUCGCAUUACUUGUAAAAGUUGGCUUAGUUACAAAGUACGCCUACAGCGCUAAUUACAUUCACAUUUUCAGAUAUCGGGCCCGAAAUCAGUCCCAAUGUCGGGCCUGAUAAUCGUUUUCCGUUUCAAGGAAUAUCAGCACAUUGUUAACAAUAUUUGAAAUGUAAAAAAUAGUUUGUCUUUGUCUCUAAUUGCCAAAAAUGUUCAAUGUUUGAUAUUUUUGCAUAUGAACCAUUUUUUUAUAUUUGGUGAAACGGAUAAAUACUCUUACUGGCGCCUGGUUUCGGGCGAUAUCUGGCCUGAUAAAGUGAGGAUGUAAUUGGCACUUAAAUGUUUACUCUCGUAACGCGUUAACUGCGUUCACAAUUACUUGUAAAAGUUGUCCUGAUUACAAAGUACGACUCAAAUUCUACCUACCUAUCGGGAUUAGAAGAUGUGGACCUGAAAUUUGUUAAAAGUAUGUAAAAUAUGCUUUUUUGGGUUAGGUUGCUGGGCUAAAUGAACAAAAUGACUGUUUGGUGCUUAUUUGUAAUUAUAUUAAUCAUUUGUAGGGAUUUUAUUCAUAUUGAUAAUUAGUCGUAAUAAGUGUGAAUCUCAUUACCGGUGCUAAGUUCUAAUUACCUAAUUUGUACUUUAAUUACAUUAUAUACUCUGGCAAGUGGCAAGCCAACUUUGUCAGUAAAAAAAGGCGCAAAUGUUAAAAUUUUGUAUGUGAGAUUAAUUUUCAUGCCAGCAUUUUACAAAUUUGGUGCCUUUUUCUAUUGUCAAAGUUGGCUUGCCAGAUUUAUAUUUUAAUUAAAUAUAUGAUAACAAAUUAAUAUGUAUAAGUUGUUUUUAUUUCUAAUAUCCUUAUUUAAAGUAACCUACUGGUUAAGAAUCAAAUACUAAAGUCAAAAUGAAAUAUUUUAUUGCAUUUCAUGUGAACGUUUGAUAUCGAACAAAGAAAAAUUGACAAAUACACUUAAAAACCCCCGCCAAAUGCAAGAAGUAAGUACGGUCAACAUGCAUGUGAGCUAACAUGAAACAGAGGGCCUACCGCGAACCACGUUGUACAUGAUGCCUCCCCGUUACACUUGCGUACGAAUUUACAAGUUUGACAAAGAGGCAACAUAUCGAACAUGGUUCGCGGUAGGCCCUCAGGUCUUCUUCCACUGACGUUACCAUUAGCAUUGCAAAACGGGGAAGCGCACUGCAAUAAGGACCGAAUCAAAGUUGCGUUGUCACUUGUCACUGUCAUUUUAGUUUAGCCUCUUCUGUCAAACAAAGUGCAAAGUACUUAAAAACUUUCCUUUUAAUGUCUUUUGCUCUAAUUCAAUUUAUUACUUUAGAAAGGUGCUAUAAUUCAUUUGCUUAGUUACUAUCUUGUGUGAUUGGACGGAAAAUGUGUACAAAUAAAAUUAACAAA